UAUGUUAAUAAAACUGAAAGUCAAGAAGAAGUCAUACUUAGUGUCAAGUUAUUAUCGGUUGUCAUUUUAACAAUUUUGUUCAAAUACUUUUGUAUUGUUUUCUUCAUUUUGCAGACGGCAGUGUCGCUAAGACCAUGAAGACCAUAGCAGUGCUAUUGUCCUGUCUAGCGACUGUACUCGCACAGAACUCCGUGCCAUGUGGAGUUUCGGUAGUGCAACCCGUCACGAAAAGAAUCGUCGGAGGAGUGAUGGCCGCCCCGGGAUCUUGGCCGUGGAUGGUCUUAAUUGUUGAUGAUUCUGGCACAAUCUCCGGAUCUGGUGCCAUCAUCGAUCAGCAUGUGAUAUUGACAUCCGCCCAACAUUUUGAAGGCAUUGGCUACAGCGUCUUUGACAUCAACUUGCACCGAUGGAAGCUCUACGCCGGCUCGCACAACAUAAGCACAACUGACCCUCACGAGAAGACGUACCACAUCCGGCGCGUGGUGCUCCAUCCGGGCUACAACACGACCAGCCUCGAGAAUGACAUCGCUCUAAUCAUCACAGUGGAACCCAUGCAAUGGAACGACUUCACCCGACCUGGCUGUCUGCCCGACGCCCAGCACGGUUAUGCUGUCGGGGACCAAUGCUACCUUCCAGGAUGGGGAAGCACCUCCAACACCGGAAAUGAGGAGAGCCUCAACCAGCUCCUGUACCCUAUUGUUGACGACAGCAUCUGCGCCAACCAUUGGGACGAUUUCCUCCCGGCCACGGAGAUCUGCGCGGGAUACGAAAACCAGCACAAGGACUUCUGUGGGGAUGACAUUGGAAGCCCCCUAAUGUGCAAGAAGAGCAACGGAGCAUGGUACAUUGAAGGUAUUGCUUCCUCUGGUGGUGACUGCGCUCAGGCAAAUGAGCCCGGAAUAUUCGAGGACGUGACAAAGUAUCAGGAUUGGAUCCUGAAAUCCAUGGAGGAGGCCGGAUAUCCCUACCAGUAUUGAGCGUUCUUAAUGAAGAUACUUACUAGAUUUUGCCAAAUAAAUUAGUUUCUCUA